AUGAAAUGGAUAAGAUUGCUUAAAGACUUGAAAGAGAAGGUAGGAUUAUCAGCAGCAUCACCACCUCCUGCAACAUCUGCAGCUGCUACUGCCACUUCUGCUUUCUUGUCGUUAUCGACAUCAUCGUCGUCUUACGUCGACAAAAAUAGUUACAAUGCUACUUCUUCUUCUACGUAUAACGACCCGUCGUCUAGCAGAGAAAAAUAUGAACUGGAAUUGGACUUUAAGAGAUCUUGGGAAGAGUUUCGAAUAUCGACUGCAGAAAAGGAAAAGGAAAAAGCCUUGAAUUCUACUAUUGAUGUUUUCUGCAGAUUAGUAAAGCAGCAUUCUAAUGUAGCACAAUUAAUUUCCAUGCUAGUAGAGACGCACAUAUUUUCUUUUGUUGUGGGUAGAGCAUUUGUCACAGAUAUCAAAAAGUUAAAAGGUAGCAGCAAAACAAGAUCUUUGGAGAUUGAAACUGUGAUCGGUUUUUUCUCUGAGGUUACAGAGGAUGGGGUUCAAGUUGGCUCAAAUUUACUACAGGCAGUUUCAUUCCUUGUUUCUGGGGCUGUUGAUAAACAAUCUCUCCUUGAUUCCGGGAUCAUGUCUUGUCUCGUUCAUAUUCUUAAUGCUCUUUUGGUUUCUGAUGGAAAAAAUAUGAAGCAGAACAUCAUCACUGUUGAAGAGGAACCCGAAGUAACAGAGAAUGUAGCUCCAAAUCGGCGGCUUGAGGUAGAGGGCAUCAUUCUUCAUAUAAUGAAAGCAUUGGCAAGCCAUCCUGCAGCUGCACAGAGUUUGAUUGAAGACAAUUCUCUCGAGCUACUCUUUGAGAUGGUUGCCAAUGGGUCUUUGGUCUUAUUUUCAAGGUACAAGGAAGGUCUUGUCCCCUUGCACACCAUUCAGCUUCAUAGGCAUGCAAUGCAGGUACUAGGUCUUCUUCUUGGUAAUGACAAUGGGAGCACUGCCGAUUACAUAAGAAAACACCAGCUGAUAAAAGUGCUGUUAAUGGCUGUUAAGGGCUUUGAUUCUGAAUCUGGAGACUCUGUGUAUACUGUGGGAAUUGUGGACUUGUUGCUUGAAUGUGUUGAAUUGUCAUAUAAACCUGAGGCUGGUGGUAUCAGACUCCGGGAAGACAUUCAUAAUGCUCACGGAUACCAAUAUCUCAUUCAGUUCACAUUAGUUCUUUCCGAACAAAAUUCUGAAUCAGAACUGUCAAAGUCAACUAAUGAAGGGGACACACAGGCUGAAAAAGGAUCCCUAUCACCCACACUUUUUAGAUUGCUUGAUGUUCUUGUUAAUUUAUCUCAAGCGGGUUCUACAAAUGCAACAGGAUCCCCUGGAUCAAAGGGUUCAAGAAAUCACGUAAAUCCGGCUAGCAGGCCAUGUGACCGGUUUGGUAACUAUGCUUGGGAGAAUGACACUCACAAAGUUAAGGACCUAGAAGCUGUCCAAAUGCUGCAAGACAUCUUUUUAAAAACAGAUAGCAGAGAGCUGCAAAGUGAAGUCCUCAAUAGAUUAUUCAAGAUAUUCUCAAGUCAUCUUGAAAAUUAUUUGCUGUGUCAGCAGUUGCGAAUUGUUCCAUUAUUGAUCCUCAAUAUGGGUGGCUUCCCGACUUCUUUGCAAGAGAUUAUUCUUAAGAUCCUUGAGUAUGCUGUGACUGUUGUAAAUUGUAUACCUGAACAAGAGUUGCUUUCACUUUGCUGUUUGUUGCAACAAUCAAUAACAUCUGAGUUGAAAUGCACUAUCCUGACAUUUUUUGUAAAGUUGGUGUCGUUUGAUCUACAGUACAAAAAGUUCUUAAGAGAAGUUGGUGUACUGGAGGUUUUAUUGGAUGAUCUCAAGCAUCAUAAGUUUCUUGUGGGCCCAGAGCAGCAUGAAGGUAAGAGAGGUGAGGUGGAAAGAAAGGGUAGCCCGAAUGGUUUCCAGAAACAUCUGGACAGUGGAGAUGUGAUCCUAUCAUCUCCUAAACUCUUGGAGUCUGGCCCUGGAAAGUUCCCUCUUUUUGACAAUGACAGGACAAUUCCAGUUGCUUGGGACUGUUUGGUUUCGUUAUUGAGAAAAGCAGAAUUUAAUCAAGUGACAUUCCGUCUGGCUGAUGGAGUAAGUACUACUCUUCCUUAUUUGGCGUCUGAUGUUCACCGCCCUGGCGCCCUCCGUGUAUUAUCUUGCUUAAUCAUUGAGGAUUCUGCACAGGCUCAUCCAGAUGAGUUGGGUUUGCUAAUUGAAGUUUCAAAGAGUGGAAUGGUGCUAAGCACUUUAGGAUCUCUAUACAAGCUUCCAGAUGAUGCAAAAUGUGAUAUUUUUGGAGCCAUUUGGCGCAUUUUAGGAGCCAGCAGUUCUGCUCAGAGAGUGUUCGGUGAAGCCACUGGGUUUUCCCUUAUCCUAACAACACUCCAGAGUUUCCACGGGGAUAAAGGGGAAGUUGGUCAAUCCUCACUAACAGUUUGCAUGAAACUCUUUACACAUAUUAUGCGUUUGAUUACGGCUGGCGUGUGCAACAAUGCUGCUAAUAGAGUUAAGUUACAUGCGAUUAUAUCUUCACAUACUUUCUGUGAUCUUUUAUCCGAGUCUGGAUUGAUUUGUGUGGAGUGGGAAAAGCAAGUCACACAGUUGCUGUUUGAACUUUCUCUCGAAAUGGUACUUCCACCGUCCUUCAUUGCAGAAACUACUGAACCAUCAGAUGAUAUUGAUGAUGUCUGUAUUUUCCAGAUAGUCAUGCCAUCAGCUUUAUUUCUUCCUCAUAAGCAGUACAUAUAUAAUGCUGGUGCAGUGAGGGUUCUCAUCCAUUUGUUGUUGCUUUUUAGUCCAAAACUUCAGCUUGAGCUCCUAAAUCUUAUUGAAGAACUUGCUCGUGCUGGCUCAUUUAACCAGGAAAGCCUUACAUCUGCAGGUUGUGUGGAACUUCUUCUUGAGACAAUAUAUCCCUUCCUUUCUGGUUCAUCCUCUCUACUUUUUUGUGCUUUAAGGAUCAUUGAAGUACUUGGGGUUUAUAGGUUGUCAUCAGCCGAAUUGCGUGUAAUUAUAAGAUAUACUUUGCAAGUAAGACUCAUGAAAUCUGGUCAUACUCUUGUUGAUAUGAUGGAGAGGUUUACAUCUUUAGAGAACAUUCCUCUUGCACCCUUUGUAGAGAUGGAUAUGAGUAAGUCUGGGCAUGCUUCUAUCCAAGUAUCAUUGGGUGAUAGGUCUUGGCCCCCUGCUGCUGGCUAUUCGUUCAUUUGUUGGUUUCAGUACCAAAAUUUCUUAAAAUCAAAUGGCACAGCAUCUCCACAUAAUAUGCGCAUAUUUUCUGUUGGUGCUAUGGAUGAUGGAAAUAGCAAUACAUUAUAUGCGGAAAUUAAUCUUCGGGAAGAUGGAACUUUGACCCUAUCAACCAGCAAUUCAUCUUCGUUAUCUUUUUCUGGGUUAGAUUUAGAUGAAUACAGGUGGCAUCAUCUUGCUGUAGUGCAUAGCAAACCAAAUGCCUUAGCUGGAUUAUUUCAAUCAAGUGUUUCUUAUGUUUACUUUAAUGGAAAACUUAAACACACUGGCAGAUUAGGAUAUUCUCCUUCCCCUACUGGGAAAUCUCUGCAGGUAACCAUUGGGACGCCGGAUAAUAGUGCAAGGGUCAAUGACUUAUCGUGGAAAAUCCGGUCUUGCUAUUUAUUUGAAGAAGUAUUGCCACCCGGUUCUAUUUGGUUUAUGUAUAUUCUGGGGAGAGGGUAUACUGGUCUUUUCCAAGACACCAACCUUUUGCAGUUUGUUCCAAAUCAAGCUUGUGGUGGUGGAAGUAUGGACAUUUUAUCUUCCCUUGAAGCUGAUUUGGCAUAUGCUUCUAAUGCACAGAGGCCCGAGAAUGCAAAAAAGCAAGGAAACUCUAAGACAGAUCGUAGUGGUGUUGUUUGGGACUUUGAAAGAUUAGGGAAUCUCGCAUUACAGCUUUGUGGACGAAAGCUAAUAUUUGCAUUAGAUGGAACAUCUACUGAUGUUUCUAAGUCUUCCGGAACUAUGUCAAUGCUCAAUUUAGUGGAUCCGUUGUCAGCGGUCGCUUCACCACUUGGAGGUAUACCACGCCUUGGACGUCUUCAUGGGGAUAUUUAUGUUUGUAAACAUUCUAUCAUAGGUGAAACCAUGCGACCCAUUGGUGGACUGGCCAUGGUCCUAGCCCUGGUUGAAGCAGCUGAAACUAGAGACAUGCUACACAUGGCACUGACACUGCUCGCUUGUGCACUCCGCCAAAAUCCACAAAAUAUUAGGGACAUGCAAUCAUGUAGAGGAUAUCACUUGCUAGCUCUCCUACUGCAACCUAAAAUGUCAAUAUUUGAUAUGCAAUCUCUGGAGAUCUUUUUUCAAAUUGCUGCUUGUGAGGCUUUGCUCCCUGGACCAAAAAAGUUUGAAAAGACUAAUAACAAUUUGCCACCUGUUAAAGCAACACAAGAAACCAGCUUUGAGGAGCUUUCUAUGUUAAAGUUUCAUGAUGAAGUUUCUUCUGCUGGUUCACAUGGAGAUAUGGAUGAUUCUUCUGUAAAUAAAGAUGCUUUCAGUCAUAUCUCAGAACUAGAUAAUGUUGACUUACUAACAGAGACAUCAAACUGCAUUGUUCUCUCAAAUGCAGAUAUGGUUGAACACGUGCUAUUGGACUGGACUGUUUGGGUUGCAGCAUCAGUUCCAAUACAAAUCACUCUUUUGGGAUUUCUUGAAAAUCUAGUUUCAAUGCAUUGGUACCGAAACCAUAAUCUUUCAGUUUUGCGUAAGAUAAACCUUAUUCAACAUCUACUCGGAACAUUACACCGGGGUGAUGUUGAAGUUCCUGUCCUAGAAAAACUAGUUGUGUUGCUGGGUGUUAUUUUGGAUGACGGCUAUAUUAUCUCUGAACUAGAACACGUUGUUAGGUUUGUUAUCAUGACCUUUGACCCCCCAGAACCAACAUCUAAGAGUCAGAUACUUAGAGAAUCAAUCAGAAAGCACAUCAUUGUUAGAAAUAUGAUUCUUGAGAAGCUAAUCGAUAUAUUAGUGACCAUUGAAUCAGAAGAUCUGAUUGAGCAGUGGCAUAAGAUUGUCUCAUCCAAAUUAAUAACUUACUUUUUGGAUGAAGCGGUUCAUCCUACGAGUAUGAGAUGGGUCAUGACUCUCCUUGGUGUGUGUCUUACCUCUUCUUCUACUUUUUCUUUAAAAUUUCGCACGAGUGGAGGGUAUCAAGGGCUGAUGAGAGUGCUUCCUGGUUUCUAUGACUCACCUGAUAUAUAUUACAUUCUAUUCUGUCUAAUAUUCGGGAAGCCCGUUUAUCCGAGAUUACCUGAAGUUCGUUUGUUGGACUUUCAUGCCCUUAUGCCUAGUGAUGGAAGUCAAAGGGAGUUAAAGUUUUUGGAACUGUUGGAUUCUGUUAUUGCUAUGGCGAAAUCAACAUUUGACAGGGUGUCUAUUCAGACAAUGAUUGCCUAUGAAAGUGGUGACUUAAAUCAAGUUGGUGCUGGGCUUGUGGCUGAGCUUUUGGGUGAAACUACAGAGAUGACUGGAGAGCUUCAGGGUGAAGCUCUGAUGCACAAAACUUAUGCCGCUCGUCUCAUGGGUGGAGAUGCUUCAGCCCCAGCUGCUGCAACCUCCGUUCUUAGGUUCAUGGUUGAUCUUGCCAAAAUGUGUCCUCCAUUUUCUGCUGUCUGCAGACGAGCCGAGUUUUUGGAGAACUGUGUGGAUCUUUAUUUCUCUUGUGUCAGGUCAGCUCACGCUGUGGAAAUGGCAAAAAAGUUAUCUGUUAAGUCAGGAGACAAAAAUAUCAAUGAUUAUGACGAUAAUGCGAGUUCUUACAAUAGCUUGCCUGUUGAGCAGGAACAAUGUGCUAAAACCUCCAUAAGUCUAGGAAGUUCUCCACCAGCUCAUGCAAGUGCAAGUUCUGGAGAUAUUCCCGCUGCCAAAAGCAAUUCGGAUGAAUGUAAAGAAAAUAUCAUAACAGCAUCCCCAGAGGAUCUACACAGGUCCAGCAGUAAAGAUUUAAGUUCCCUCGAUCUCAAAGCCACUCCAGAGCCCGCUCACCAAAUGAGUACACUGAGUUCCUCAUCGUUAAGUAUAUUUGAUUCUCCAUUUUUAUCUGAGAAACCUACUGGGGUCCAGCAAACACCUUCGUCUCAAAUUCCUGCAACUACUAUAACUGAAUCUAAACCAAAGUUAGCUGCAUCUCCUUCCAUGGUAUCUUCAGUAUCGAUUUCAAUGUCUGAAUUUGAUACAGCUUCAGACUCAAAACGCCCUCCCGUAAUACCAAGCACAACGGACCCAAUAUUCACAAUUAACCCUAGGAUGCUUCUACACGCAGAUGAUUCUGGUUAUGGAGGUGGUCCAUGUUCAGCAGGAGCAACUGCUAUAUUAGAUUUCAUGGCUGAAGUUCUUUCUGAUUUUGUAACUGACCAGAUGAAAGCUGCACCCAUUAUUGAGAACAUUCUGGAAAGUGUUCCCUUGUAUGUUGAUGCUGAGUCUGUGUUAGCUUUUCAGGGUUUGUGCCUUGGUAGACUUAUGAACUUUCUAGAAAGACGGAUCUUGAGAGAUGAUGAGGAAGAUGAAAAGAAACUAGAUAAAACCCGUUGGUCAUCGAAUUUAGAUGCAUUGUGUUAUAUGAUAGUGGAUCGUGUAUAUAUGGGUGCUUAUUCCCAGCCUGUUGCUGUACUGAAAACUCUGGAAUUCUUGUUGUCUAUAUUACAGUUGGCAAAUAAAGACGGUAGAAUUGAACAAGCAGCGCCUCCUGGCAAAGGGCUUCUUUUGAUUGGGAGAGCAAAACAACUUGAUUCUUAUAUACUUUCUUUGUGUAGAAACGUGAAUCGCAUUAUCAUGUACUGCUUUCUUCCUUCAUUCUUGAUCUCCAUUGGAGAAGAUGAACUUCUUUCACGUCUCAGUUUUGAGCCUAAAAAGAGAUAUGUCUUUAAUGGGUCUGAAGAGGCUGGCAUGAUUGAUAUAUGCGCGGUGCUACAAGUACUCGUUGCUCAUAAAAGAAUAAUAUUCUGCCCUAGUAAUCUCGACAAUGACUUAAACUGUUGUUUGUGUAUCAACUUAAUAUCUCUUUUACAUGAUCAGAGGCAGAAUGCACAGAAUUUAGCAGUUGAGAUCCUCAAGCAUCUUAUGUUAUACCGAAAAACUGCACUAGAGGAUCUUCUAGUCUCUAAAUCAAACCAAGAGCCGGUUUUGGAUGCGUUUCAUGGCGGUUUUGACAAACUUGUUACUGAAAGUUUGCAAUCUUUCUAUGAAUGGCUUCACAAAUCUGAAGCUCUUGUGAAUAAAACAUUGGAACAGUGUGCUGCUGUUACAUGGGUUCAGUUUAUUUCUGGGUCGGUAAAGUUCCCGAGUGUUCGAAUUAAAAGUAUGGAUGGUCGCCGUAAAAAAGAGAUUGGUAAAAAGUUAAAGGAUUUGAGAAAGUUUGACCAAAGAUAUUGGGAGCAGAUUAAAGAACGGAGAAUUGCUUUGGAUGUGGUUCGUGAUCAUAUGUCUACUGAAUUAAGAGUUAUUCGUCAAGAUAAAUAUGGAUGGGUGCUUCAUGCUGAAAGUGAGUGGCAAACACAUCUUCAACAACUUAUGCAUGAAAGGGGUAUAUUCCCGUUACCCAAAUCGCUUUCAUUUGAAGAGCCCGAAUGGCAGCUUUGCCCAAUUGAAGGCCCAUAUAGGACACGUAAAAAGAUUGAGCGUUGCAAACUGAAGAUUGACACAAUUGAAACCAUUUUAAAUGUCGAGUUUAAUGGUCAGGAAUUAUCGGGGGAAAGAAAUGAAGUGGACCACAUUAAUUCCAAUUACGGGUUUGAUACUUUCUCAAAUCCAUUACCAUAUGAUGAGUUGCAUGAUGAUUCGGACGGUGGUAAAGAUGUGGCUUCCACAAAGAUCGGGUGGAAUGAUGACAAGGAUAGUAGUAUUUUUGAGCCGAGUGGUAAUUUCGCUGCAGAAUUUAGUGUCAAAUCAAGCACCACAGUAGCAGCACCGAAAGCAGAGAGCAUAAUAGAAAACUCUGAUAUUGUUUCACUGAGACGUUAUGCUUUGGUUAGGUCUGAUAACUUUAGAGUGACCGAGGACAAAAUCGAGAAGGAGUUAAGUGACAGUGGGGACUACUUAAUUAGACCUUAUCUGGAACGUAAUGAAAAAAUAAAGUUCAAAUACAAUUGUGAAAGAGUUGUGAGUCUUGAUAAACAUGAUGGAAUCUUUUUAAUAGGAGAACUCUGUCUAUACGUCAUAGAGAAUUUUUAUGUUGAUGAUGCGGGGUACAUAUGUGAGAAAAAGUGUGAAGAUGAUCUCUCUGUCAUUGAUCAAGCUUUAGGUGUAAAGAAAGAUGUCUCUUUAAGCAUGGGCUCCCAGUCAAAGUCAACCGCAUCUUGGGCGGUGAAUCCUAAAACAUACACCGGGGGAAGGGCAUGGGGCUACAGUAGUGGUGCAUGGGGUAAGGAAAAUGCCAUUAAUAUCAGCAAUGUACCUCAUUUAUGGCGAAUGUGGAAGCUUAAUAGUGUACAUGAACUUUUGAAGCGGGAUUAUCAGCUGCGCCCUGUUGCUAUUGAAGUAUUCAGCAUGGAUGGAUGUAACGAUCUUCUGGUGUUCCAUAAGAAGGAGAGGGAAGAAAUUUUCAGAAAUCUGCUGGCAAUGAAUCUUCCACGGAACAGCAUGUUUUUGGACCCCACAAUCUCGGGAUCGCUGAAACAAGAAAGCACUUUCAAGCUUACGGCUACACCUUUUUCCAAGAGGUGGCAAACUGGAGAAAUAAGCAAUUUCCAGUACCUGAUGCACCUCAACACACUUGCAGGUCGUGGGUACAGUGAUCUUACUCAGUAUCCAGUCUUUCCUUGGAUUUUGUCGGAUUAUGAGAGUGAAAAUUUGGACUUCACCAGACCAGAGACUUUCCGUAAACUUGACAAGCCCAUGGGCUGUCAAACAAAAGAAGGAGAACUGGAAUUCAGGAAAAGGUUUGACAGCUGGGAUGAUCCAGAGAUUCCCAAGUUUCAUUAUGGUUCUCAUUAUUCUAGUGCUGGAAUUGUCCUAUUCUAUCUUAUACGGUUACCACCAUUAAGUUCAGAAAAUCGAAAGCUGCAGGGUGGGCAGUUUGAUCAUGCAGACCGUCUUUUCACCAAUAUACGUGAUACGUGGUUAAGUGCUGCUGGAAAAGGCAACACUUCAGAUGUAAAGGAACUUGUCCCGGAAUUUUUUUAUAUGCCAGAGUUCUUGGAGAACCGGUUUGACCUUGACCUCGGAGAGAAACAAUCAGGAGAAAAGGUUGGUGAUGUUGUAUUGCCACCUUGGGCCAAAGGUAGUACUAGAGAGUUCAUCAGGAAGCAUAGGGAAGCUCUGGAAUCUGAUUAUGUGUCAGAGAAUUUGCAUCAUUGGAUAGAUCUUAUCUUUGGAUAUAAACAGCGAGGGAAGGCUGCUGAAGAAGCCGUGAAUGUUUUCUACUACUAUACAUACGAGGGGAGUGUUGACAUAGAUGCAGUUGCUGAUCCUGCAAUGAAAGCAGCGAUUCUUGCUCAAAUUAAUCACUUUGGGCAAACACCUAGACAACUAUUUCUAAAGCCUCAUGCCAAAAGGAGAAUUGAUCGGAAGCUUCCCCUUAAUCCACUCAAAUUCGCUGCACGUCUUAUCCCUCAUGAAACCCGCAAAAUUUCAUCUUCUGUAACACAAAUUGUUACCAUCAAUGACAAGAUUUUAUUGGCAGGAGCAAACAACUUGAUUAAGCCAACAACCUACACCAAAUAUGUUGCAUGGGGCUUCCCUGAUCGUAGCCUUAGAUUCAUGACAUAUGAUCAAGAUAGACUCCUGUCGACCCAUGAGAACCUUCAUUGUGGCCAUCAAAUCCAGUGUGCCAGUUCUAGCCAUGAUGGUCAACUUCUGGUCACUGGUGCAGAUGACGGGAUGGUUUGUGUGUGGCGGAUAGGCAACUAUGGAGGUCCCCGUGCACCACGAAAAUUGUAUUUAAAACAAACACUUUGUGCUCACACGGCAAAAAUCACAUGUCUUUAUGUUUGCCAACCUUACAUGAUGAUCAUCAGUGGGUCAGAUGACUGCACUGUCAUCAUAUGGGAUCUUAGCUCGUUGGUUUUUGUUCGACAACUUCCUGAAUUCCCAUUUCCAGUUUCAGCCAUUCUAGUGAAUGAUUUGACGGGUGAAAUUGUGACGGCUGCUGGUGUUUUGCUAGCAGUUUGGAGUGUAAAUGGAGACUGUCUCUCGGUUGUCAACACUUCCCAGCUUCCUUCUGAUUAUGUAUUGUCUGUGACGACUGGUACGUUUUCCGACUGGCUGGAAACAAACUGGUACAUAUCAGGUCACCAGAGCGGAGCUAUCAAAGUAUGGCAAAUGGUUCACGGUUCUUCUGAAAUCUCUCAAACUUACAAGCAUCCUGCAGCUGUGCAUUGUGGGUUGGGGCUUGGGGGUAAAGAACCAGAGUACAAAUUGGUUCUUCACAAGGUGCUUAAAGGCCAUAAACAUGCGGUCACUGCACUUCAUCUUUCAGGUGACUUGAAGUUAUUGCUGAGUGGUGAUGCUGGUGGGAAUUUGGUUUCAUGGACAUUGCCUGAUGACAUAUUAAGAAAUUCUGUUAAGUGGGGGUGACGCACGGGUAACUGAGAUGGGAUCUUCUGUUUCCAGUGAAAAAACCCAAAUGGGUCGUCUCCAUCCUCUAUAAAGAGGACAUGAGACUUCGUGACUAGUCAAAGUCAAUAUAAUACGAAAAGUAUUGCCCGAGGACUUGGAAAGAGAUGAACAAUGGAGAAGACGUAGCCAAGACGGGUGCAGGUGGGUGAAAUCUUGAUGCAAGUGCAUGUUGGGUGGGGCUUGACCUGGAGUGGUGGCAUAUUGUGAUUUUUAAACCUUGUGCUGAACCAAAGAGAUGUCAUCGAGGAUAAUUUUGUACAUUGAUGUGGUUGAAUGGGAGGGGAGCUUCGGGUUUGUAGUGUUCCGGGUGGAUUGGUGCAUGCGCAGUCGGGUUCGGGGAUGUUGUUUGUUAUAGUUGUACAGAUCCAAACUGAAAUGUGAUGUAUCAAGUGGUGUUUUAAAGGGCUGUACAAAUAAUCUUGCUGAGCGAAUUCACGUCAUACUUGUUUAGAGAAUAUAUUUUACCAGAGAAGGUCACCCCAACCUAUUUAAGGGAAGUGCCAAAAGGGGUUCAAUAUCAGAUGUUAGCUAUUAACUAUGAAGGGAUAUCAUUCAAUAAAAAAACAACAAAUAUGUAAGCAAACCAGAUGAUCAUUAAUAGUGAAGAAUAUUGACAGUGGUGUAUAGAUGUGAUCAUUACAUCUGAUAUACAUAUACAUUAUCUAUAUGUAAGUAGAUGUGUACAUUAGUAACACCUAACAAAGUAACAAGGCUAUACUUUUAAGCAAUUUCUCAUCGGUUGAAAA